AACAGAGGGAAAGGGUGGCGAGCCAGGAUGGAGGCUUAUACUGUGAAAGUGGAGGAGUCACGGCCGGCUUCUGGUGAGCGGCCCUCUGCUGGCCCUGUUUACCGCUGCAUUUACGCCAAGGAUGGCCUUCUGGAUCCUCCCUCUGAGAUUGAGUCCCCAUGGGAAUUCUUUUGUGGAUCGGUCAAGCUAUACCCUCAGAAUCAAAUGCUUGGUCGACGUGAGGUCAAUGACGGUCAGGUGGGUCAGUAUGUAUGGCAGACUUACGAGGAAGUUUACAAUAAGGCCAUCAAGAUUGGAUCUGCUAUAAAGGGGCUUGGUGUUAACCCUGGAGAUCGUUGUGGCAUAUAUGGAGUCAACUGCCCUGAAUGGGUGACUGCAAUGGAGGCUUGUGUCAGUCAAGGAAUUUGUUAUGUACCUCUUUAUGAUACCCUUGGUGCUAAUGCGGUAGAGUUCAUCAUCAACCAUGCUGAAAUCUCAAUAGUUUUUGUCCAAGAAAACAAGAUGCAGUCUAUGCUUACCUGUCUUCUCAGAUGUGUUGCACAUCUAAAAACAAUUGUUAGCUUUGGGAAAGUUGCUGAUGAGCAAAAGCAGGAAGCUGAGCGAAUUGGAGUAUCUUGCUUCUCAUGGGAGGAAUUUCUUUUAUCAGUUAAUGUUAAUUGCAGGCUACCACAAGUAUGCAAGGAUGACACUUGCACGAUAAUGUAUACUAGUGGCACGACAGGAGACCCAAAGGGUGUUAUACUGACAAAUAGAGCUGUUAUAACCCAAGUCAUUAACACGGAGCAGUUGAUUCUGGAGACUGAUAAAGCAGUUACAGAAGAAGACACUUACUUUUCAUUCCUUCCUCUAGCUCACAUAUUUGAUCAAAUAAUCGAGAACUACUGCAUCUAUAAAGGAGCCUCCAUAGGUUAUUGGCAAGGGGAUGUUCGAUAUUUGAUGGAGGACCUUCAACAAUUAAAACCCACAUUAUUUUGUGGUGUCCCUCGAGUUUUUGAUCGUAUCUACACAGGUGUCAAGCAAAAAAUUUCAUCUGGAGGAGUGUUGUCGAGAAAGUUGUUCGAGAUUGCUUAUGAACACAAGCUGAAUAAUUUGAAGAGAGGUGUGAGACAAGAUAUGGCCUCACCUUUUUUUGACAGAUUAGUCUUCAACAAAAUCAAACAAGUACUUGGGGGCCGAGUACGUAUGAUGUUGUCUGGAGCUGCACCAUUGCCUAAGCAUGUGGAGGAGUUUCUAAGGGUUACUAGCUGCAGUGUGCUAAUACAAGGAUAUGGUCUUACAGAAAGUUGCGCUGGGUGCUUUACAUCGGUUGCUAAUGUAUUCUCAAUGGUGGGCACUGUGGGGAUCCCGGUUAUGACGAUAGAGGCAAGGCUUGAAUCAGUACCAGACAUGGGGUAUGAUGCUCUCUCACCUACUGCCCGUGGAGAGAUUUGUUUAAGGGGCAAAACCUUGUUUUUUGGUUAUUACAAGCGUGCAGACCUCACAGAUGAAGUAUUUGUUAAUGGAUGGUUUCACAUAGAUGACAUUGGAGAAUUGUAGCCUGAUGGCGUAAUGAAGAUUAUUGACAGAAAAAAGAAUACUUUUAAAUUGUCCCAAGGAGAAUAUGUUGCUGUGGAGAACAUUGAAAGUGCAUAUGCCCAAUGCUCACUCAUUACAUCAAUUUGGGUGUACGGCAACAGUUUUGAGUCCUUCCUAGUUGGCGUUGCUGUCCCUGAAAAGCAAGCACUUGAGAAUUGGGCAGCUGCCAAUGAUCUGACUGGCAACUUUGUGGAACUCUGUAAACACCCCAAAUCGAGGAAGUAUAUUCUGGAGGAGCUCAACAACACUGGCCGACGGCUUCAACUUAGAGGGUUUGAGAUGUUGAAAGCAAUCCACUUGGAACCAUUUUUAUUUGACAUGGAGCGGGAUUUGAUCACCCCGACCUUUAAGUUGAAGAGGCCACAGUUACUCAAAUAUUACAAGGAACGUAUUGAUGAACUCUAUCAGGAAGCAAAGGAAAAGAAAGUGUAAACUUCCAUCUCUAUUUUUUUGACUACCGUUGCUCAGCCCAACCGUGAAGCACAUAUUUAUAUAUAUAUAUAUAUAUAUUUAUAUAUGAUGAGUUUUAUCUGAACUCGUUUUCUUGUCUGGUAGUAUUGAGAUAAAAUAUGGGAGCCUCUGAGUGUAGAAUCAGAAUUUCAGCAUGUUGCUAGCUCAGCGGUUGGGUUGUAAACAAAUAAAACGCUGUCCUCCGUGCAUGUUGAUUCAGAAAUGUAAUGCAAUGAAAAUGGAGUAAUGGGAACGCAAAGUUGCAAACAAUUGAAACAUGCUGCAUGAGUACUCCUCAAGGCAUUAUAUAUGAUGAAAGUUAUUUUGUCCA